GAUUCACCCGUCGUCUGGCCUGUUCCCCGGGUAAUCCACGAGUUUUACAACCGUACACAUCCACGCGCACCGGCGAGAGUGAGAGUUCGCUCGAGAGGAGCACCGAACUGCUUGCACUUCUGCGGGGCAGGGGCGAACAUGCAUGUGCCGCCACAGCUGCUUCAUCAGCUGCCGUUGCUGGCCAUUUUCAUCGUGCCCGUGACCAGUGCUUACUUUGGACUGCGAAGGAUUAACAUGAAGAGUGCCAUACAUUUCCAACAGGGAACCCGAGGCUCUUCGGCAUGGCGUGCUGCACUCACAAUGAGUACAUUGACAAUACCAUCAUUUGCGUUCUGGUGCUUACUAAUGCGUGGGCCAUCAGCAAUGGCUUAUCAAUUUGGAUUUUCAUUGGCUAUCGUGGUAAUUUUCUGUUCUGUAGCUGGAAUACUUCACUAUGUGCCUUCACCGAGUCUUUUUGCCUACCCACAACUUCGAUUUCAAUCCAGUAACUUACGCCUGGCGCUUUCGAUACUGCAAACAAUCGUCACAUUUCUCUGUAUUCUGCUUGUGCUCCUGCAUUCGUCGUCACUGCUCGCGUCAGUGUCGCUCUUCACGCUCUACCUCUGCAUAGCACUCGUCGCAUUCUUUCCAUUAUUCGCUGUGGUUUUCUCCGGAUAUUCAUGUAUUAUGACGCUGUCUUUGCUUCUACAUAUAUUCUGCAUCCUCUUUGGCAUCGGUGUGUUCCUCGUUUUUGGCAUAAAAGACGUGACCACGUUUCGAACCAUCGUCCCCUAUGAAUUCACUAUCACUGACAGCAUCGUAUCCUUCUUGGUCGGUUUCGUCGUCUCACUUUACCAAUUGGCUUCUAGUCCGUUACUUUAUCAGGCUUACUUUCCUAUUCCGACGCUUCACAAGCUACGACUCACGCUGGCGUUUCACGGUGUAUUCCAGCUGUUCUCAUCGAUUUUGGUUUUUGUCACAAUUUCGUUAUUCUAUGCAUUUCUGGAGAGUAAAUGCUCAAGAACAUUUUCCUAUCAAACUCUGUUCGAAUUUGCCAAGCAUACUGUGCCACACCCAACUCUUGCCUAUGCCGUGAUUGUGUCGUUUCUUUCGGUGUUCACAUUUUCUACGCAGUGGUUAUUCAUGAGCAUCACUACACAUGUAUGGGAGGAGUUCGUGAAGGUACACCUCCGAGAUCUGGGCUCAAUGAAGCAGCUCUGUUGCUUGCAGUCGAUCCUCUUGCUCAUUUGCGCUGCUUCGGUCACCAUAGCCUCUGCCAUUCGCUUCUUUCAAAUUCCUUAUGAUCUACUCACGCCAGCUACUGUGAUGUUGAUUCUGACAUUAUGCGCUGCAAUGUGUGGGAUCUUCAUGUGUGGAUAUUUUCUGCCAUUUUGCAACUCAAAGGGAGCCAUGGCCUCUUUGCUGGUCACCAUCGUAAGCUCCAUUAUCCUCUUCUAUCUGUACGCCUCUCAUAAUACAUUGCCAAGCUUCAAGAACAACUGUGCGGUAGAAGCCGUUACAAAUUCUACUAUUGCACUAAGGUCUUUCAACAUGGAAAAAGUGAUGCUUAUGGCAUCACAUAUGCCAUUGCAUUCUCAUCCCAUCGUGGCUUUUGUGAUAAGCAUCGUCAUUUGCCCGAUAGUGUCACUCUUCACCGGCGGACAGGACCAGAUGAGUCUCGACUGGAAUCUCGUCGUGAUGCCCGGCUCUUUGGGACGUGGCUCAGCUUACAGUAAACGACCGUUCGUCGAAAGCGAAUCGUUCCGCUAUGCGCAGCACACCGCCAGCCCUGGUUUGCUCAAGUGGCAACGAUAACACAUUACUUUGUGUUGUACAUAGUGCUUAUCACGCUUCUUUGUUCUCAUUUCGAGUCAAUGCCUGUAUUCAGAAAUUCUUUCGUGCUUUUUCACUUUGUUCUUGACUUUCUGCAUUUUCACGUUUGUAGCAAUUGUUCAUAUCAUGAUUGAGCUACGGGUCAGAUGUCCAGUGAUUUUUUAGAGGAAUAAAAGCAAU